GGAGAGAUACAGAUGGACUGAAAGAAAGCGAAACGGACUGAGUAGCGGCGUAGAAGUUGAUCGAGGCAGAAAAUAUAUUUGGUUUGCUAAAGAACCCCAGCUAUCUUAAGGACCCUGUUUUAACAAGAUCAGCCACUGAGGCAAGUGAGUAUGAGCUUCCUGGUGUUGAGGGACUCUGCCUGAGACAACCCCAUACAGGCAGGACACACACACACAUUUUAUCAGCCAUCUCAGUCAUAUUUAGGCUUCUCUGAUCCGGCUCAGUUAGUGGUCUUCUACUCGCUGAGCAGUGUGUCUGUUCAUCCCUCUUUGGCUCUACAGUGUAACAGAUCAGCUACAGUCCAGCAGUCUGUCCCAGCUGGGUCCAAGUCUGAAUUCACCCUCGUCGUCUCUCCUCUUCCUCGCCCACGCUCUCUCCCACUUAUCAUCUUCCGUUCACUCCUCCUUUCCUCCCUUUCUGUUUGUGUAUCUGUUUGUGUGUAGUGUCCUGGUGGUGUCUCACCUCUGACCUCCAGCCUGAUCACAUGACUCAGAGGGCUCCUGGUACUGCCAUGUGCACCAUACAGCUGACAGCAGCCAAUGGUGCUCUGUCCAUCAUCAACCCACUGUAUCUCCAUGAGCAUGGCGAUGACUGGCUGACGCAUCAACCAACCAGCCCACAGCGAGUUAAUCGGCCAUCCAAUUAUAAGUGUGAGAGACAACUGAGUACCAGAUCUUGGUCAGGGGCGGAUCUUCUUACUAAGAGAUCUAUCUCAUUGGAGCAGGAGCCCUGCAACUCUAGUCCUAAUAAUCCAGGGUCUCCUGUAGUCCAGGCUGCCCCGUCUCCCCCCACCCCUAAAGAGGGGGUGGUUUUGAGGAGCCCCAGUAGGGAUGCUUCCAUUGAGUCACUCCACAGAACAGGGAGCCAGGACCGCACUACCAGGCCCCCCUCAGACCCCAAGCCCCUGUUCAGCCCUGCCCCUCAGUCGCCUCAGAGUUUGUCCUGGAUUGAGGACAAUGUAUGGCUUUCCCAACCACCAUCCCUCUCCCUCCUCCACCCACCCUCCCCGGAGCUAGACUCGCUGUCAAUCAACAGCGUCGAGAAGGAGCCGGAGUCGGUCACUAGGCCCCCCCACUCCCCCCACCCCUCGCAUCGGUUGGCCGACAAGGUGAUGCACCGCCUCUCGGUUGUGGGCCUCGCCAUUGGUGGGCUGGGGCAUUCACAGAAGAGGCUGACCAAGCGGGUGCAGGAGCUCAGCAAGCGGAGGGACGGAGUGUUUGCCGAGGCAGUGAUGGGAUUCGUUGAGAUGACCCUGGGGGCUGGGUUUAUCCCUGACAUGACAGGUGCAGACCUGCUUCAGGAGGUGCGUACGGCUCUCACUGCCCUGAGAGAGACACUGCUGGACUGUCCUGAGAUACACAUCUUCAUAGACAGUAUGGCCGACACAACAGACUGGGAGCUGGAUGCCAUACUGGAGCGCUCCCUACACAAGGUGGCCCUAAAGCCUGUGAACGCCCACCUGUACACCUGCCUCCAGAGCUGUCGGGACCACGACGGUAGCCUGCAGAAGCUGAGGGAGAACCAGCGGCUCCUGGAGGGCCGGGGGGUGGAGGAGCUGGAAGGGACACCUGGGGCGGGGGUCCCUGACCCUGUCACCCUGGAGAAGAUCCAGCAGAGGUGGUCAGCCAUGCACCAGUCCUACUCCCCCAGCAGGAAGGUCCAUAUCCUGCUCAAGGUCUGCAAGACCAUCUACCACAGCAUGACGGCCAAUGCCAACCCAGGUGUGGUGUAUGGGGCUGAUGACUUCUUGCCCUGUCUGACCUGGGUGCUUCUGCGUGGUGAUGUGGUCACUCUGCAGCUGGACACUGACUACAUGAUGGAGCUACUGGACCCCACACAGCUGCAGGGAGAGGGAGGUUACUACUUGACGUCCCUGUACGCCUCUCUCUUCUACAUCAGCAGCUUCCGCCCUCGUCUCGCCAUGCGCCAGCUCAGCACCGAGGCCCAACAAUCCCUGAGCAAAUGGCAACGCAGGCGCACCCUGCACUGCAACCAAUCACGACGCAGCACGAAUCGGAGGACCCUCCGGAGACCUGGGCACAGCGAGAAGGGCAAGGAAUACUCCAGUGAUGCAGAGCCGGAAACUGGCAUAGGAAGUGUAACUGAUGACCCACCGGCGCCCUCUAGUGUUCUGGCAAAGGCACUGCACAUAAUCUCAGAGGUUGUGGUGGCGGUGAGAGAGGAGGAGGGCAGCAGAGCAGAGGGCCAAGGACCCCCAGCUGUACAACUCCAGGCCUCACCUCAGAAGGGGAGACAGGACUCAGAGACCCAUAAGGGACUGAGGAAGAUGUCCUUGGCUGUCCUCCUCAAACACAACGGCAGACAACAUGGACCAUGAAAUGGUUGUCCAGUUCAGGAUUUGUAGAAAAAAUGGGCUUCUCUGAGCGAAUCUGAAUUACACAAGGAAAGACGUCCACGGUCAUUUGGAUAAUGGUUGGAGCUCGGAGCUUACCAUUUUCCCUGUACCCUGUAAUUACACCUGCAGCCCUGUACAUGUGACUAUUAAACUUCUAAUCUAAAAUCUAAUCUAAUCAUGAAUCCUUGUCACUAUGACACAUCACACAUACAGUACACAGCUGUUCUCUGAUUGGCUCGUGGAGAUGUAACUCACCUGUUUGGCGAAGGCUGCGAUGUCAUCGUUGAAGGAGUCUGAGGAGCAUACAUCACUGUGAUUGGUCAGGCCUUGGAGGUGGGGAGGGACUGAGUGGGAUGUGACGUCCCGCGGGGAGCAGGUGGCCAGCUCACACUUCUCAAACACCAGGGCCAGCAAUGGAAACAGGGGAUGACUGUGCACACAGAACACACACAGUUAACAUAGGCACACACACACACACACACUCUCUCUCUCGCUGUCCUCACACACAUGCAUGUACACAAUACACACACACACAUCGAAGCAAAUGUGUAUAGGCACAGAGCACACUGACAGUAAAUAUACAUGCAUACUGUUAGAAUUAAAAAGAAAUCUAACAAACACAAACUGCAGUGAAAUAGUUAUUUUCUGCUCACCCAUAGAUCUGGUCCCUGUGGUGUUUGAGGGAAUCUGGGACAGUGUGGCCAU